CUCAGAAAUCCAUAUCCUCUCCUCGCCUCUCCGUAUAUGUAAUCUCUUUCUCUCUUCCGCCCUCCAUCACGCCCUCAUCACGACCUCUCUCAGACUUUCCAGACUGCGUCUCUCUGUGGCCAUGGCUGCCAGUACUGCAUCUAUACCUGCGAAUAUCCUGCCACUGCCCCCAGCCCGGGAGAUCCCAUCGACGCUUGUAUCAAGCCUGAAGAGUUGGUGGGCUGCGGGAGAAAAAGAAAGUGCCGCCGCCGAGGAGCGUCUGCUGAGGAAGUUGCCUUUCUUCAGACCCGCAGGCUCUCCACCCCAAAGCCCAGAUGACAAGACACCGGUCGUCGCCCAAAGCAAGCGCGUGGAGCUCGACAACCCUAAGCACUAUCUGAACACCCUCGCAAUGACGCCCAUCUCUCCAUUGAAGCCACACAAUCAUCCUCCAGCCGUUCUCCUCCAUGGAUAUGGUGCAGGGCUCGGUUUUUUCUACCAGAAUCUUUUCGCAUUGGGCAACUGGGCUGGUCGCUCUGGUACGCCCGUGUAUGCGGUUGACUGGCUGGGUAUGGGUCGUUCUGCCCGUGUACCGUUCUCGAUAAAGGCGAAACGCAAUGACAUAGACGGCCGCGUGAAGGAGGCUGAGGGGUUCUUUGUCGACUCUCUUGAACAAUGGCGGCAACACAUGGGGCUCGAGCGCAUAACUCUUAUCGGUCACUCCCUUGGAGGCUACCUGAGCGUUGCCUAUGCGCUGAAGUAUCCCACGCGCGUGAGCAAGAUCAUCCUGCUCUCCCCUGCGGGUGUUCCGCGGGACCCAAACAGCACUGUCUACUCGCGCGAGGUCACCGACGAGCAGGACACGAGCGCAUUGAGCGCAGACCAUGCAGAGCGUGCGACGCAGCGGCGCAUUGAGCGGCUGAAGACUGGCCAGCUGGAGGCGCAGAGGAAAGAGAGCCGCUCUCGGAGGUUGCUCACGUAUCUCUGGGAGGAGGGAUGGAGUCCGUUCCAGGUAGUGAGGUCGUCGUUGUUUUUCAGUCCUAUGUUGGUCGGCAAAUAUUCCAGUCGACGUUUCAUUGGUCUGAAUGAAGAAGACACGAGAGCCCUGCAUGACUAUAUCGUCAAUCUGGUUCUAGCGAAGGGCUCGGGAGAGUAUUGCGUUUCACAUUUGCUUGCACCGGGUGCACACGCACGAAGACCUCUCGUAGACCGCAUAGCUGCCCUCAAGAUCCCAAUCACCUUUGUCUAUGGCGAUAGCGACUGGAUGGAUCCGGAGGGCGGUGCACAGGCCGUAGAGAACCUGCGUCAAGCAGGCAACGGCGACGGAAAGAUGUACAUCGUUCCGCACGCCGGCCAUCAUGUGUACCUAGAUAACCCGAAGGCCGUCAACGAUCUCCUCGUCAAGGAACUAGAUCGUCACCAGGACAGGCCGCAAGUGUAGCCUGCCUAUGUGGCCAGUAUCAUUUUCUCGUGGGUUAGGACUUCGGAGAUAAUGUGGACCUUGGAACGCCAUUCUUGUUAUAGAUCACUAUAUAGAUCGUCAUCUUUCUGUACAUCUCUUAUAAUCUGCAUGUCUACUGUCUUCGUCGUAUUAGGCUCACUGGUAGUUUUCAGUGAGGUUAUCGAACGCGAAGAAAGCGCGUCAUUCUCUCUUUGUCGAUCCACG